ACGCACGCACGCACAGAGGGAGAGGUGAAUUGAUGUAAGUGAUGUUGAUUAAUCAGCAUGUAUUUCAUUAAGUUCAUAUUAUCACGCUGACCUUGUUUUAGUUCUCCUCUUCCUCUUCCUCACAUCUCCUCUUCCUCACCUGCUGACAGCUGCUUUCUCUCAGACACAGUGAACCACCUGAGUCGUUUCCAUGGCAUUAAGACGAGGACACAUCAGGUACCUAAAGGUGUGUGAGGUUCAGACGUCUCAGAGUGAUGUCAGAGAUGGUCAGCACGCCUCUAAAGGAGCCUCUGGAAAGGAGCUGUAUGAUAACGGAUACUGCGAGCAGAUGAUGGAGGAUGACGACUCCAGAACGAACCUGAUCGUUAACUAUCUGCCGCAGAGCAUGAGUCAAGACGAACUGCGCAGUCUGUUCAGCAGCGUGGGCGACGUCGAGUCCGCCAAACUCAUCAGGGACAAAGUAGCAGGUAACUCUCCCCUUAGUACUUCUGCAGUGCUACUGCUGAACGCCCAAAAGUAUGCUCUAGUUCUACAGAGUCUACAAACGCCUAGUACUGCAAUACUACACACAGGGCUCCACACAAAUUUACAACUAUUUGUCGGUAUGUGAGGUACUCGGAUUCCAAUUUUGGGAUAUUCGUUGUUGGAUUUCUUUUGAACCGUUGGGAUUCCAGACAUGCAUAAAACACACCAAACCUUUUGGAAAGUGUUUUAUUCAUUAACAAUUCAAACUGUAGAAUAACAGCAUCCUUUUUAAAUGCAGACCUUUAAUUGUUUAAAUACCUGGAGGUGACGUGUUGCAGCACUUUGUGUUCAUCGCAGCCGGAGAGGAACUCUGUGAUGCAUAGAGCCAAAACGCUGAUUACUACGAAGCUAUGGAGUACUACUGCAGUUCUACCGAGCAUCAGUACUACUGCAGUACCACUUAACAGACACAAUAGUAUUGUUGUACUACUUUAUCGACUGAGUGCUAAUUCAUACAAAUACCACAGAAUUACUGAGGAAUAGUAUGAGUACAAAGAUUGUAACUGAGUCAUUCUACUACAGUACUAAUAUUUCAAGUAAAACUUACUUGGUACACAAAAGGCUCUUUGAUAAUACUACUUUGAAGUAGUAGUAGUAUAAACGGUACUAACUGCAGUUACAGUAGUAGUAGUAGUAGUAUUAUCAGCAGUAGUACUAGUUUUACUACUAUAUGCAGUAUUUUCUGUGUACUCUCUCCAGCAGCUGUUUUUAUUUCUGAAGUUUGUCUUUUUAAAUGUUUUUAUUGAGGAUCAGCUGAUUUUAGUUUUUUUUAUUUGUUUUGUUUUUAUUAAGAUCUCAUGGUAUUUAUUUAAAGUACGUUCUGUGAUUUUUGUCUGAACUAUAUCUGAAUGUUUUUCUUUUCUGCAUUGUUGUAAUAUUUUUGUUAUUUUUCACACCAAGAUAAAUGACUUCAGUGCGAGUGUUACGCUAUUCAAUCAGGGCUAUAUAUAUAUAUAUAUAUAUAUAUAUAUAUAUAUAUAUAUCUCAUAAUACAGUCAACAUAUAUCUGAUCAUUGGUAUUAAAGGCAGAGAGACUGCAGUGAAGUAUUUUCUGCAUGAAGAUAUCGUCCAACCCCAGAUUAAAUGUUUGUUUUUAAUAAUUUUACUGAAUCCAACGAUGUACAAAUGUUUAAAUUCUGUUUUCACCUGUUUU